UUUAUCCGAAAUCCGAAAAACCAUCCGUUCUUUCUCCAUUAAACCCUAAAAAGCUAAAACCUUGAGGAAACUCCGAGUGAAAAAAUAAAAACCUUGAAAAAAAACCAUUGGAGAUAAUAUUUGUUGCAGAGAAAAGAGAGAAAAAGAUGGGAAGCAAGAGGGUUAUUACUGAAAAGGACUUGAAGAGGAAGGACAAGUUAAAGGCGUUAGCUGCAAAGUCAAAACCUAAGAAGUUAUCCAAGAAGAAGAAGACUCUCAAAGUUGUUGAUAAUGAAGAGAUAACAUUUGCCCUAGAGAAAAAGGGGAGCAAAUUGGAUGGAAAGAAGAAAAAGAAAAAGGAUAUUGAAACUGAAGAUAAGUCUGAGGAAUUACUAGGGAAGACAAAGAAAGAUAAGUCUAUAAAAGCUGCAAAGAAAAAAACGAAGGAUCUCGUUUUGUCAAAGAAAACUAGUAAGCUUACGUCGAAAAGAAAUGAAUCUCAAGCGGACGAGGUUUAUCAUAUCUCUUCAUGGGAUGGUGAUUGCUCCAAAGGGAUGAACAAGUGGAUGACUGAAUACCAUCGAAGUAGGCCAGGGUUGGAAAUACUGCAAAGACAGAUUGAUGAGUUUAUGAUUUCUCAUGGCAAACAGGAGAGAGAGGAAAGGCAAGAAAGAGAAGACCGCGUUACGGAUGAUGGCUUUGUUGUUGUCAAACACCACAAAGGAAGGAAAAAGACAACAGAUUCUGAAAGUGGAACUGCGGUGGGCUCUGUUUCACAAGCUGCAGUGCUAGAUAAAAUGGCCAAAAAGAAGCACAAAGAAGUUGGUAUUGAUUUCUACAGAUUCCAGAAAAGAGAUGCCCAAAGGAAUGAGGUUAUGAUGUUACAGAGCAAAUUCGAGCAGGAUAGAAAGCGGAUACAGCAGCUGAGAGCUGCAAGGAAAUUCAAACCGUACUGAGCUCUGCAAAGUUUGCAGCUUAAGUCGAGGAGAAAAAUGCUC